GAAGGCGUACACUCGCUACGAAAGAGUUGGUUCUCUGCGACACAGAACAAAUCAGACGACAGAAUAAUCUAAAACACUUUACCUCGAGAAUCUAUACUUUUCCUUUCCAAUUUUACAAGAGGUUUACAGAUUCACGAUGGAAUCUAAGGUCAUUUUCCUGAUGCUGAUUGCUCUGGGAGGUGCAAUCGCCUCACCAAAAUUCGUUUCAGAAUCUGGCCACACAGCAGAUGAGGGAAGCGCGAGCGCGAGCGCGACUAAGAAGGGUGUUAUCACCUUCGGCCUGAUGGUUUUUCGCGUUACUGGAGGAGAUCCCACCCGUUUCAAUGGUUAUGGCUGCUGGUGUGGAAUUGGUGGGGAAGGCAAACCCGUGGAUGACUUGGACAGGUGCUGCCAAGUUCACGACAAAUGCUAUGACGACAUUGUACGGUCGAAGGUUUGCCCUUUCGAGAAAGCAGUUUAUGCUCUCCCCUACUCAACAAAACCGAAACACCCUGCCGAAUGCGAACCUGCAUCUCAUUACUGGUUGAAUGGAGAAUGCCGCUUUCGCUUGUGCGAGUGCGAUGCAGCUGCCGCUAAAUGCUUUAAGAAGAAUCACUUUAACAAGAAGUAUAAAAAUUACCCACAGGACAAAUGCAAGAAUGACAAGCCUUCUAAAAGUGAUGAAGAAACAACACAACCGUUGUUUUUUAUUUGAGUUUGUAAUUGUUUGUUAGAUGAAUA